AUGUCUCAAAACAUGCAAUCACCCGCUGACACCGCCCCGGAGGACCAGUCUAACAUGUCCUCAGCCUCUCAAUCCCUCCCCACCACCGAUUAUGCCGUCACACUCCAGGAUAUCGUCCAAUGGAUCCACAAAACCAACGCCAAGCUCCUUGCCACGCUUUCCGAGAAGAACACUGUCAUGGGCGAGCUCAUCCAGCACGGGUACGACGUUACCACCAACACGCUGCCGUUCGAGGUUGCGUGGACGAUUGAUAUCCAGAACUUGCUGCUCACGAAGGAGUAUCUCGACAAGGUCCUUGACCUCAAUUGCACUUAUCUCGGAUAUUUGGAGGGCGUGCAGGACAGGAAAGUGGUGGAAGUUGCGGAGGAGGAGCGCCUGAGAGUCUCGGCGGGGGGAAGUGCCAGGGGAUAG